CCUCAAGAGGGGCAUGUAGACCCCGCCUCGGAGGUGGGUGGGGAGCGGCAGGCUCCGCCUAGGCUCCUCGGCCGACUCCCGCCAGCGUCCCUGAGACUCUGGCUGGGGAGCGAGCGCACGGAGCCGGGAAGGAUGCGGCGGCCGCGGCGGCCCGGGGGUCCCGGGGGUCCCGGGGGUCCCGGGGGCUCCGGGGGCCUCCGGCUGCUGGUCUGCCUGCUGCUGCUGAGCGGCCGCCCCGGGGGCUGCAGCGCCGUCAGUGCCCACGGCUGUCUGUUUGACCGCAGACUCUGCUCGCACCUGGAAGUCUGUAUUCAGGAUGGCUUGUUUGGACAAUGCCAGUCAGGAGUCGGGCAGGCACGGCCCCUUUUGCAAGUCACCUCUCCUGUUCUCCAGCGUUUGCAAGGUGUGCUCCGGCAACUCAUGUCCCAAGGAUUGUCUUGGCACGAUGACCUCACCCAGCAUGUGAUUUCCCAGGAGAUGGAACGCAUUCCCAGGCUUCGUCCCCCAGAGCCUUAUCCAAGGGACAGGUCUGGUUUGAUGCCCAGGAGGCCAGGCCCUGCUGGGGAGCUGCUUUCUCAGGGCAAUCCCACCGGCUCAUCUCCUGCUGCCCAGGGGCUCCCUCGGCCUCCAGGGGGUGGGAAUGGAGCUGGGGCGGGCUCCCCACUGUCCUCUCUGCAGGCUGAGCUGUUGCCCCCUCUCUUGGAGCAUCUCCUAAUGCCCCCACAGCCCCCCCACACUGCUCUGACUUAUGAACCCGCAUUGCUACAGCCUUACCUGUUCCACCAGUUUGGCUCCCGCGAUGGCUCCCGGAGCUCAGAGAGCUCCACGGGGGUGGUUAGUGUUGGCCACUUGCCCAAGGCUGAAGCUCCUGCCCUCUUCAGCAGAAGUGCCUCCAAGGCCAUUUUGGGGACUCACUCUGGCCACUCCUUUGAGGACCUUCCAGGUCCCUCACCGGCUCAGCUUUUCCAGGACUCAGGGAUGCUCUACAUGGCCCAAGAGUUGCCAGUGCCUAGCAGGGCCAGGGUACCAAGGCUGCCAGAGCAAGGGGGCAGCAGCCGGGCAGAGGACUCCUCAGAGGGUUAUGAGGAGGAAGUACUAGGGGGUCGUGGGGAGAAGCCCUCUUCCCAAGCAGUACAGCCAGCAGAUACAAGCUUGCAGAGAUUGGCUGCUGUGCUGGCUGGCUAUGGAGUAGAGCUGCGUCAGCUGACCCCAGAGCAGCUUUCUACCCUUCUGACCCUGCUGCAGUUACUGCCCAAGAGCACAGGAAGAAAUCUUGGAGUGGCUGGAAAUGUCAGAGCUGAUGUCAAGAAGCCCUUCCACUCUCGAGGUCACACCAGCCAGCAUCCUGUCUUGUCACAGACGGAAGAACAAGUGCCGAGAGGAGACACAGCAGAACCUCGGCCCCCAACACCCUUGCUUCCUGGACACCCCACUGCCGGCCCCACCUCCAAUGAAGUCCAGCAGAUGCUAAGCCCUGGCAUCCCUGGGCCUCCCCAAACAUCCAGUCCUCCUGGAGUCUCACCUGUCCUACUGGAGAAGAAAAGUCCCUUGAGCCAGAGCCAGCCCACGGUGUUGGGACAGCCUUCAGCUCGACCAUCAGCCGAGGAGUAUGGCUACAUAGUCACUGACCAGAAACCCUUGAGUUUGGUAGCUGGAGUGAAGCUCCUGGAGAUCCUGGCGGAGCAUGUGCAUAUGUCCUCAGGCAGCUUCAUCAACAUCAGUGUGGUGGGACCGGCUGUCACCUUCCGAAUCCGGCACAAUGAACAGAACCUGUCUUUGGCGGAUGUGACCCAGCAAGCUGGACUGGUGAAGUCUGAACUGGAAGCGCAGACAGGGCUCCAGAUUUUGCAGACAGGGGUGGGACAGAGGGAGGAGGCAGCUGCAGUCCUUCCCCGACAAGCCCAUGGCACAUCUCCCAUGCGCUCAGUGCUGCUUACUCUGGUGGCCCUGGCAGGUGUCGCUGGGCUGCUAGUGGCUUUGGCAGUGGCCCUGUGUAUGCGCCAUCAUUCGAGACAGCGGGAGAAGGAGCGCCUGGCAGGGCUGGGGCCCGAGGGGGCCCAUGGUGACACUACUUUCGAGUACCAGGACCUGUGUCGCCAACACAUGGCCACAAAGUCCCUGUUCAACCGGGCAGAGGGUCAGCCAGAGCCUUCAAGGGUGAGCAGUGUGUCCUCCCAGUUCAGUGAUGCAGCCCAGGCCAGCCCCAGCUCCCACAGCAGCACGCCAUCCUGGUGUGAGGAGCCCGCCCAGGCCAACAUGGACAUCUCCACGGGACACAUGAUUCUGGCAUACAUGGAGGAUCACCUUCGGAACCAGGACCGGUUGGCCAAGGAGUGGCAGGCCCUGUGUGCCUACCAAGCAGAGCCAAACACCUGUGCCACAGCACAGGGCGAGGGCAACAUCAAGAAGAACCGCCAUCCUGACUUCCUGCCUUAUGACCAUGCCCGCAUCAAACUGAAAGUGGAGAGUAACCCUUCUCGAAGUGAUUACAUCAAUGCCAGCCCUAUCAUCGAGCAUGACCCUCGGAUGCCAGCCUACAUAGCCACACAGGGGCCGCUGUCGCAUACCAUCUCGGACUUCUGGCAGAUGGUGUGGGAGAGUGGCUGUACUGUCAUCGUCAUGCUGACCCCACUGGUGGAGGACGGUGUCAAGCAGUGUGACCGAUACUGGCCAGACGAAGGAUCCUCCCUCUACCACGUCUAUGAGGUGAACCUGGUGUCGGAGCACAUCUGGUGCGAGGACUUCCUGGUGCGGAGCUUCUACCUUAAGAACGUGCAGACCCAGGAGACGCGCACGCUCACUCAGUUCCACUUCCUCAGCUGGCCGGCAGAGGGCACUCCGGCCUCCACCCGGCCGCUGCUGGACUUCCGCAGGAAAGUGAACAAGUGCUACCGAGGCCGGUCCUGCCCCAUCAUAGUGCACUGCAGUGAUGGCGCAGGAAGGACAGGCACCUAUGUCCUUAUUGACAUGGUACUGAACCGCAUGGCAAAAGGAGUGAAGGAGAUUGACAUCGCCGCCACCCUGGAGCAUGUCCGUGACCAGCGACCUGGCCUUGUCCGCUCUAAGGACCAGUUUGAGUUUGCGCUGACAGCCGUGGCGGAGGAGGUGAAUGCCAUCCUCAAGGCCCUGCCCCAGUGAGUCCCCUGGGCACCUCAGUGGACAUCCUGGCCUCCGCUCCUUCUGCCUGCGUGAACGUUUGUGCACCUGCUCUUCAGCUCCUACCCACCCGCCAUCUUGGCCCGUCUUGGGCAUGGUAGCCCUUCCCAGCCCAGUGUGGGGAGAGAGAAGGGGCAGAUCCAUCCAGCUUCUUUCAUGUUAGACCCAAGGCAGCCCAUGGGAAACAGACAGCAGGUGGGGGAGGAGUGGACCCCAGCAGCAAGUGUGCCCAAGCCCCGCCCUACCUGAGUCUCUGUCUCCCUCUCCCCGUGGUUCUCCAUGUCCCUAGCUAGUCUGCAUACCCCCCCACUCCCGCCAGCCUGCAGUGUAUAGACAGAGCAGGAUGAAAGGGCCCCAGCUCCCCAGCCCUGCUACCACUGGCCUGCCGCCUUGAUCCUGCUCAGCCUUCUCCUUCUAGCACAAGAGAACGUUUCUAGAAAAAAAAAAAAAAAUCUACUUUUGUAUCAAUGUGAAUAAAGCUAGUGUGUUGUCUGUGCAGCUGCAACAUGGA